UACUCUUCAGUUGCGUGCUACUGCAGUGUAGUGAGAGAGAGAGAGAGAGAGUUCACGACCGCAGAGAAUAGAACUCUCUCUCUCAGAAGAAAAGAGGGGUAGAAUGGAGAAAGCUUUGACAAGAGUGGGGAGCUUUUGGAUAUCAAAGAAAGCCAAAGAGGAAAUCUCUUCCAUAGGCGAAGAUCUCUCCUCUUUCUCAAAUACUGUGGAAGAGAAGGCGAAAUGGAUCUUCAACAAGCUAAAAGGUAAACCACAGAAAUGCUUGCCAGAUCUCCUCCGAGAGUACAACCUACCACCAGGCCUCUUCCCCAAGAAUAUAACCUGCUACGAAUUUGACGAGUCGAAGGCAAAGCUCGUCGUCUACCUCCCUUCCAUCUGCGAAGUCAGCUUCAAAGACUCCUCUGUCAUAAGGUACUCAACUCGUGUGAAAGGGAUUCUGUUGAGAGGCAAACUCAGUGGGAUUGAAGGAAUGAAAACAAAAGUCUUGAUGUGGGUCAAAGUUACCAAUGUUGCUGUUGAGAGCUACAAGUCUGACAAGGUCUGUUUCACUGCUGGCGUGAAGAAGUCAAGGCCCAAAGACGCGUACGAGAUGCCUCGUGAUGCUAUCAAAGUAGAGGAAUUUUGAGGCGAAAGGCAUUUCUUAUGCUGUUCUUGCUGCCUUUGAGAAAUGUAUAUGUAUCGAGCUUCAUUCUACCAUCAUUGUGGCAUUGCAGGUGCAUAUAACUCUAUGUGCCAAGGGUUAGGCAUGCUUUUUCUAAUACAAGAUCAGUUGUCCAUUGAUAUAUUGUCCCCUAAGUCUUUCUGCAGCCUUUGAGAAGAACAUUUUAUGUUAUAUUCUGCAACCAUUAACUUGGUUUUUAUGAUCUUUUUUUCUUUC